AUGGGUGCUGUCGGUUUGGGUAUGGAUGUGAAACUAAGUUGUAUAACACCUACACGCAUAUCCACCCUUGUAGAGAUAUUAGCCAAUGAUUUUUUUCUUAUAGGUUGGUUCGGUUUUUGUUCAUCAGUAACAGGCAUUGUUGAAGCUUUGUGUUUGGGUGCACUAACCGAUACUCCUCGAUUUCGACGUUCUCUUGAAAUGCUUAUUCUUAUUUCUUUUAUUGACUGUUUUCUUUCGGUUCUUUGGUUUCAACGUUUUAUUCGUUCAGUUUUUUAUGAUGUACAUAUUCCUGGCUCUGCACAAAUCACUAUUGGACUAUUAUUUUCUCUUGCUUAG